GGUCCAUGAGCGUUCCUCUCGGCGAGGCCAUACUGUCGGAAGUGCGCUCGCUUCGCAUACGGGCGGAUUUCGGGUCCAAAAGACUUGACCGAAAAGUCGUAGCCCCAGACCUCGCAGUGUUCCGUGUUCGCCAGGAUGUCCGCUUCGAACGAAGAUUCGUGAUUGUUCCCUGGUGCAUCUUCAGCAAGUGGACGCCCCAACACCGCGUAAACUGAGCACCGAAAGAAUAUAUGACGCAAUUGGGCUUGGUCUCCAACCGGGUGAUCCCGCACACCCACUUUCCUCCGUCGCCCAACGCGCCCAGUCGCUGGAUUUCGUGUGGACAAUUGAAUGCGGCGGGAAAGAAGCUCCCUAGUCCAACUGUAAACGGGCCUUCAUGUUGAGAUCAACCGAGAGAAUGCCGCACAGACGGUGUAUGCAGGCCAAGGGUCCUUGUUUGCGGGGAAGCUAUCCGUUCAAGGGUCACGACCUAUCCUCGGAACGCUUGCACGCGAUUGGGACGCACAGAGAUAUGUCACUGGGACGCGGGCCGAAUUUCUGAAUCAGCGCCUGGCGUUCGUGCAGGACCUUGCUGUAUAUCCUCUCCGACUCGGCAACGCGCCGAGGGAGGUCGGGAUCCUCGAUAUGCUCGUGGACGUGUACGGGAGGUGGAGGCGCAUCGAAGGGCCCCACGAGGUAAAGAGUGAAGACAAGAGCCACUAGUAUUAGCACGACAUAACGUGGGUGCCGCAGGUAAGCCGCCGACAUGGCGGAGAGGCGGAGAGAGAUGAUGAGACCACACCCGCGCCUGCGCGUUUGGAGUGAUCGGUGAUGCUGACGCUGCAGCGCUUAUGUGGCCCACUUAAAGUUAAUAUGCCGGCCCGACAAAGCUGCGAGUUGCGCCUUUCAACUUCGACCACAUCCACCGUUACCCUACCCACCAAAUUCAUCGAAGGCCGACCCGAAUGUAUCGACUUUCAGGCUAGACGCGGGGCCCGGGCCGACCCGGAAACGUUGAGAGCCGCAUCGGCUCAUGAAUAACAAAUUCCGGAGACUCGGUGGGAAACCCGCAUUGACAAUGGCGGUUGCUCAACAACCGUAAAUACACAUUUAUUCAUUCGCGCCCGCGCCCAAUCACCUAAACUAUUCUGCUUCUUAUCCACGACUGUUUCGCUGCGUUGACCGCGAGCCAACAUGGCGUUGGACCUUUCCAGUCUCCGAAUCGUUUCCUACGCAGCUCUCGCAGUCUUCUCGUUCAUCAAUUGGUGCCUCACGAUUGCACGGCUGAGCUACACCAGCAACCUCCCGCGCGGAGACACUCUGAAUGGCGGCAAAAACUUCUAUGACCCCGACAUCGUCGAACUUCUUAUCACCUGCAUGAUGUCUAUCGCAUGGGCGCUCUUCCUCAUUCGCACGAUUUAUCAACGUGUAGAGGGCAACCUCGUGUCUACCUUCCGCGGCGAACUGGUUGGGUUGUUCGUGAUCUGGAUGUUUUGGACUGUCGGGGGUGCGAUUGCCAGUGUGCGUCAAUCUCCAGAUCCUUGUCAUCGACACCCAUCUCAGCCGUUCCGUUCCGUUUCCAGCAAUCUUGGGGCAACCUUGGCUGGUGCGCGCAGUUCCAAGCCUGCCAAAUCCUGUCUGCGAUCGUCGCCUUCUGCUGGCUGUCGUGGCUGGCUGUCACAUUCAAUCUGGGUGUCAGCCUCACGUUCAUCGUUGCCAAUAAUGCGCUUCUGGAGCCGCUGCACGGACAAUGGGUCGGCCCUGCCGUUCCGAACACCUCGCAAACGGGCAACAGCCGUCCGGUCUCUGCUGUCUGACCAACUUCCUCUGAAUGGACUGUAUAAUCUCCCGGUACAUAUGUUGUAUGCGUGCAUUGACUCUCCUUUCUCUGUCGCUCCCUGAAAUCCUGACUUUCCUUUGCGUAACAUAAUCACAAAUACAAGUUCGUUUGCAUUGGAGUACAAUAUGUACAGUAGAUGUACAUAGCUUCACUGUGCCUCGGUGGCCUUGAGCCACAUUCCACCCUCGGAGUACAUAGUGAGAUGCAUGCGCGGCUUGAACAGCUCGAUUCCCUUGCGGCCCGGGAAAGCAGCCCACUCGGCCGGCGGACGGGAUUCCGGAGGGAACGCCUCCUGGUCGAGCGAAAAGGAGGAGAAAUUUUGCAGGAGCCGGAUGAGGAUGAAUGACAUCUCGUUAUACGCGAACUGCAAUCUGUCAGCCGAUCAUUCAGAAAUCAUUCCCGAUCUCCUACCUGCUGUCCAAGACAGAUGCGGGGCCCGGCGUUGAAACUGCGUCGCCAAAGUCAACAUCGUCACAGUAGAUAUUUCUGCAGGCGGUGGUCCAAGAACCGAUCCGGGUCGAAUUCUUCAGCGUCGGGGCCCCACAGGUCUUUGCGCCGGUGCAUGAGCAACACGGAGUAGGGCGUUUGCGUCCCAGCCGGGAUGUAAAUCGGUUUCUCGUUGGGAUCGGGAGAUGGCCAGACGGUCGCGUUGACGGAUUCCCUGCGAGCGAGCGAGGUCAGCACGGA